AUGUCCAGAAGAAUAAGAAAAACAAAGCAAAAAUACAAAGUGUCCCCCGCGCAAAGUCUGCGAAGAAGAAGAUCGAGGAAACGCGCUAAAGAAAGAAGACUGGAAAGAAAAAAUGGGAUCAAGAGAAAAAGUAGAAACCAGGGUAUGUAGUGUAUUUUCUGUUCUGGGUUAAGGAUGUUUCGAAACCCCCUUGAACAGUGGAUGCAAAAAGGAGCGAAUAGCUGGAUUGAGAAACAGUAUGAGCAGAUUGUUGGAUAAAGUGAUGCAUUGCCGUUCCUAAAUGUACUCUUGUGACUAGUUCAGGUCAUCAUGAAAGGUUUCAUUAUUUGAUUUGAGAUUACUAGCUACAACGCUUAAAGAUCUCGUUCUGUUCGUAGUUUACUUUCUGUAUUAGGUUUAAUGCGAAGGUAUCCGAUCAAGUGAAAGCUCCCUAUUGAUGAUCUUCUAUCAAAACCGUAAUGCGAAACUUUAUACGAGGUAAAGCAUUAUUUGACCGGCUUUCAGUGCUCACAAGCACUAUUUUCAAAAAUUUGUUUGCCUGACAUGUUUUGAUUGUAGAAAAAAUACGAUGUUUUGCUUGACCUAAAGGUCAAUCAUCCUCAAAUGUCUGUGAAAAUAUAUUAAUCCAUGUAUCAUUGCAGAUUCCAUGAGAAAAAACAAGUUGUUUCUUCAACAUUUCGAUACACUGGUUCUCUCUCGGUUCCAAAAUUUACGGUCGAAAAGUUUCCAAAAUGCACCAUAUCCUUUGGGUGCCACUUCGGGACAUCCGACGAACGAACCGUAUCGUUAAAUGCGUAUAAUCUUCUCACCUGUCUUUCGAGUUGACGAAUAAUUCACCAUUUGCAUUGCCUGCCCUUUUAAGCCUUCACGUUUUUUGACAUUUUUACGGUAAUGUUGUUACUCUGACUCUAUUCUUUCGAAAUCUUUCUGUCUACCAAAGUAUGAGACUGUGAUAGUGUAGGAGUGCGCCUGUCAAGACUGUCAGUUGCUCAACUUCACGCCCUUGUUUUAAGCUGUUACAUACACAGUGAGUGUAACUUGCUAUUAGCCCGAAACGUAAAAUAAUUGUUUAAAAGUCAAGUGAAGAAACAGCUCGCUUUUACUUUUUUCCCGGGAAAAUUAACGUAAUUUCGAUGUCUUCCGUCAUCUUUGUAACAUGCUCUGUGCUCUGGGAGGAAAUCACGUAUUUGAAGAAAUCAGUGGACAUCAUGAAAAUCAUUUGACAUGGGGCGCGGGGCAUGAGUACUCGCGUCACGCACUUACCACGCAAGUGAUUGCCUUCUGGAAGCGGUGGGAUAGGGAAGAUUUGAGAACUAGCGACUGAGGCGUUUUUCAUAUACUCAACCCACCAACCCGUAGGUUGUUUAAAGACCCCCCUCCCUCACGAUUUUUUUCCUGAGGGGAAGGGGGUCUGUACACAGGCUACCCACUCGCGGGGCAUCAACCUCUCCGGCUUUAGCAUUAAGAUCGACAUUCACAGGAGCAAAGGCUCCUGACAUUCAAGAAAUUCGACUUAACGUGGAUAGCCUCCUACUCUAAUAAUUUGGUCUGUUUUUUUUUCCCUUAGCAUCCUGGAUAACCAAGAGCCAUUAUGGCUCUUGGUAUAAUUUAGCUCAUGCAUGCCUUCCCAUUCAACGAUAUAUUGCCACACGGCGCGGUAAUUUUUCUGGUCAGAGUUGGUUAAGGCCAGUCACCCUAUCUUUCGACAAAGGCGACACUAUUUUUGUUUCGCGUCAAAGGUAGAGCAAGGUUGUUGUCAUCUAUUACUUUGAGUUGUACAAAGAUUAUAUUCUUUACCCUCACAAACGCGUUUGAUUAUCCUAGACCAUGCUUACCCUCUUGCUCAAUCCAACUUUGUCACAUCUUAAACUCGAGUCAAAGGUAAUAAUAUGCAACUUUUCUCCCCGUGGUUAGGUUCGUUUGUAUACCGGCUGUCAGACAGACAUGCCCUAAGAGGGUGUGUCGCCGUCCGGGGGAAGCAAAUAGAACUUAUUUAAAGCCAGCCACAAGAUCGUGCCAGUUAUUUUUAUUUCACACAAUGGUGUGAAAACUCUCCAGGUAGCUGAGACGGAAAUCAAGAACGCCUCGCGCGCAGCAGAUCGGGUGCGACUUUUGAUUUUAUACUAGCCUGUUAAAAAAAAAACUAUUUUGGCAUGAGAGACAGUCACGUCACUCUUGUAAAAGAAACUGCAAUUGCGUCACAGUUUGCGAUUUGCGCAUCUUGAAGUGGAACGAUUCCAAAUGCUUUCAUGGAUUGUUUUGUUUCGUUGUUUUGCUGGAGUUAAAGUUCCCUUUACUGAAGUGCUUUGGAAAACAUAUUUAAGGCUGCCAAGUCAUUUCUGUUUCCGCAUGAAAAAUCGGCUUAAAUUGAACUUGAUGAGCCUUUAGCCAAGCCUAUUUAAUGGUUUGUUACCAUAGAAACAGGCCUAUGGAAUGGUCAACAUACAGGAAGAUCUAACAAUCUGAAGUACACUAUUGAAAAAGUACUUUGUCCAACAGCUCUAUAAUUUUCUGUUAUCGUGAAACUCGCGAGAGGUGACUGGUAGCAAGUCUACAUCUGGUUAUGAAUUCCUGCUUUGCCAAUUCAGUGAUGUAUAUCAUGUUAACAUUUACGAUUUUUAGUAUAGUACCCUUGCGGCCAUAAAUUGAUCGACAAUGAUGAUGAUGAUGAUGAUAUGAUUAUCACUGCUGUUUUCCUGGGCUGCGUUAUCUUUGACUUGCGAUCAGGCGGUCUUUCUUCCCUUUUUCGGGUUUCCCCGAAAAAAAGUAAAACACCUGAUCACAGUUUAUUUUUUCGCUGUGGCUAUAUGGCUGCGUUAAUUUUUAUUCAUCAUUGAUAGUGUUAUUUUUAAGAGGGUUGCAGUUUCGAUUGUUCAUGAUUCUUAGUUAAUCGCUUAAUUGAGUUGUUUCACUCCGGCAUUGUCUUAGGCUCGAACCCGGUAUUAAAAUGACUCAGGCUUUUUCUCAUCCUAGAUUAAUGGAUAUUGCAUCUUUCUCAUUUCCUUGCCGAGCUGACAAUUUAUCUCAAUAUCCGUUAUCUUGCUAUCAAUUUUGUUCGAACUUACGCAUGCAAACGAAUUAAGUUAACGAAACGGAACUUCGCUUGACACAUUUACUGAAUAUCGUUCGUUCUACAUGUUAACGACCUUUCUAUAUAAUUAAUGGCAGCACGUUGUCGGUAAUCGAUAUUUUAAUGUACUAUCGAUAGAAAGGCGAAACUUAAUUGGUUUCAUUAAUUUUUAGCCUGCGGUGUUUAUAUUACGUUUUUUAAAAAGAUUGUAUUAAUUUUGUAACCUCUCUAACUAGUAUAAAAGCAAAGUGUUUUAAUGAUAUACUCGUAAUGAAUAUGGCGAAAAAGACAUGCGAUAAAGCUCGUCUUUUUCCUUUUUGCUAGUUUAAAGCGGAGUGCCUUCGUUUACAGGUCUUUGAAACUCAAUCGCUAUUUCCUGAAAGAAACAGGAAAGUUAAAAACAAUUCAUACUGUCAAAACUCAUGCAAUAAAAAUUCGGGGAAUGGCAAGAAAUAGUUUGAUAUCCUCUCUACCUUGAAAAGAAAACAAUAACUUAGCAAAAGAUCGCGAUAAAACGUUACAAUGACAGACCGCUUUAUCGCGUGACGGGUAAGAAAAACGCAAAAAAUGACUUGACUAAAAAUGUUUAACAUGAAAAAGCUAUGUUAUUGUCAGCUGUCCUCUGUGCUCAAAAAACCUCUCUUUCCCAUGAUUUCAUGGAUGAUUCUCUGUAAACAAAGAGAGGGAAAAAAAAAAAGAGAUAGGAGGAUAGUUUUAAAUGAGGAGGCUCCCGAUGGAACGAGGCUGUUUUCCUUCCGGAAAACGCUCCUCGCAGGAAAUAAAAGGGGUGAUGAAGGGUAAACCAUUGACAUUAAAAAGUUCUUCUUAAAAAUUACAUUUCGAGAAAAAUCGUAAAAGACUGAAAAAGUUACGUAAUACCUUGUAAGAGGUUUUCGUUGAUGGUCACGCCAAAUGAUUUCCUUCAAAGACUUGAAAAUGUUUGACUCACUUGUCAUUGGGAUUGAAAACCAUUCCUAUUCAUUUGAAGUAUGAGGAAAAAGCAAGUGACUUUUUUAUCAGGCGAAGAAAACAAUCCAGAGUCGAACGGAAAUGAAUGGGCUGUUUCUAGACACGAUAAAUUACCAAAAACAUGGUAAUAAGAUACUGUACACGCGAAAUGAUUGCCAAGGUCAUAGCCAAGGUCAACAAUUUCACGCUUCUGUUUUAUCUUCCGUCACAGACAGAGCGAUGGAAUAUGUAUUAUAGCACAUAUCCUUGCAACAACAAACAUUUAAAUCAAAUGAAAAAUACAAAAACAGCCGCAUCCGUAAAGUAAUCGGUUUCGGUUUUGACAAAAUCGAUUGAUCUGUUGAAGGAAUUCGAGCUUCUAAGCGCGGGAACUGGAGGGAACAGAUUCCAUCAAAAAGAAGAUUGGUCCAAUCACUUCAAUGUGACAAGGAAAUUCUCCUCAUGUUAAGAGAGUUGCGUGGGAUUCUGAAAGACUGUUUAAGUCUAUAAGACCAUAUAACAACUACAGCUUUGAUUUCAGUUACUUUUAAGCAAUUCGCUGUUUCCUGUAGCCCGAUACUUUCCCGAACCAAAAAAACAACAACCGCCCUAAUUUAAAUUCUUUGGGUAUAUCACAAUAAAUUUGUUAGUUUAUCAUUUAAGAAAAAUUCUUUGUCACAUUUCCACAAACGGGGCCAGGGGGAAGAGUUUUGACCGAUUCCGUUUCCGAGCGCAAUCAGGUUUCGUCUAUGUUACAGAAAUAUAUAUAUUCACGUUCCAGGUUUGACAACUUAAUUAAUUAUUUAUUUAAGCACAACAGUCCCGGAAAAGGUGCGUUAUGUGUGCAUUUAAUAUUCUUGGUGUUUUACGCAAUAUUACUCGGAUUGUACGUUUAAAUUAAAACAAGAGAUUAGAGGUCUCUGUGUAAUUAAAAAACUGCCAAAUCAAUAGAGCAAGUUGUAGACGAAACAAUUUGCUAGUUGUCUGAAGGUUCAGGGCCUGUAGCGGAUCACAGUGGAUGGGUCGGUUUUUCCAAACCAAGGUGCGUCAAAAAUUUGCUUGCUGUGCUCUUUUCAAACUCCUUGUUUCCGUUGAAGCCGGCUAUAACGGCUCCAUAGUUAUUAGAACAGUCAGCUAAACAAAAGAAUUCUGCGGUAAAGCUCUUCUCCUCGGAGAACAAUAAGCACAAAAACAUCAUUGAAGUCCUUAAGCCGUCCCAAGUGUCGUCUUGGAUGCACGCUCGAAUAUUUUAGCAGUUUUUAAGUAUUUCACAUCAAAAUAUUACUGCAAUACAUUAAUUGUUACAUAUUAACUCGGUUUCUUUAGAAAAUGAUCAAUUCAGUGUAAACAGUCGUCUUUAAAAAAUUACGAUUUUACGGAAUUUUGAGCUUCGGUACCAGUGUCUUGUAGGUUGAGUUGCAGUGGCAUCGCAAAAUGAUGCAUAAAGCGAAACGUUGAACGGUUAGCAAAGAACAUUAAUAAGUUAUUUGUAGAAGCUGCUCUAUUAUCUGUAUACGCCGGUUUUUGGAGAUUUUGUGGUUGCUUCUGAACUCAGAAUUGUUGUGUUUACGGUAGAGGUUUCGGCCUGUAAAAUGAUUGGUUCUUUUGGAGAUGUAAUUAUCAGGUCAUUACCAUGUGACGUCAUCGCGCGGGCCCAUCUCGCUUUGCUUCACAGUAUUCACAAUUUGCAUGGAGGAAUCUUGUGACAAAAAUUAGACUGCAUUUUCUUUCUUCGGUUAGCCCCGGUUAUUCGACACUUUGCGCCGGAACGUGCUCAAGACAUCAAUCCUCGAUUAAUUCUUCAAGUUGAAUAGAGUUGAGCACGUGCAAAAGAAUCGAAUUUCAUGUUCUAAUCUACAAUGAUCUAACUCGCCACAGGGCUAAAACUGUUCGGAUCGAUUGUUUUGAGUGGAGAAAAUAGUUUCCUGCCCUGUCCCAUCGUUGCCGACAGCUUUCCUUGGUCUUCCUGCAAAGUGGUGUCGUUUAUUCUGUUUUCACUGUGUAAGGAAUGACAUCGGAUGUAGCAUUGGGGAGACUAUCUUGACGAUAUGCCCGAAAUCGGUGAGAGCGCUGAUUUCUACAAAUACGCUUGGCUUCGACUCUUGUUAUGUGAAGUGUUACUGUUUCAGUUGUUUGGUGUUCGUCUAAAUUAUCAGAUUUCUUGAAAAAAUACGAUGUCUUUGGGAAAGGCAAACUUUUAAGCCUUCAUCGUGUCACUGGGGAUUAAAUGUCGUUUUAAGUACCUCGGUUUUGAAUAAUAUGAAGGUUGGAGGCUUACGAGAAAAUUUCGGAUUAGUUUGCUACAAGGAGACAAGUUAUGGCGUUCAAACCUGCUCUCAUAACUAACACAACACUGUUUUUGUUUUUCAGGUCGGGAUAAUUUUGACCACUAUGAUAAAGGUAGGACAUUUGUGCCCAAUUCGUAAAUUUUAUUUGUUUAUCUAGCGAUUUCAGCAUAAUAGGAAAGCUUUAUCGGAUUUCUUUGAAGUUUGUACAACACAGGAAAGUGCCACCGAAACGCUUCUUCCCUUCUAGCACUUUCCCUCGGCCCAUUGACAAACUCUAUAACUUUAACAUCCCAGAGAUGAUUUUACAAGGUCAGUUGUUGCUUAGACCAUAAAUUUACAUUAACAAAGUGUUGUGACUAAUAACGAGGAAGCGUUUUCGCCUUAGAAAAUUGUAAUUUUCUUGUUUGAUUAAGUUAAUUCGUAAAUGGCCUGUGAAAAAGUUUCGUGAGUACACAAUUCUUCUUUGAUUCGAAAUUUGUCAGAGGUUGUUAAAAAAAGCUGGUUGAAGGUCAGUGAUGAGCAUUCUGGAUAGUUUUGUCAUUAUUUACCCUUUUCGACAUCCAAAUGAAAUCUAACGCACAUAUCGAUGACUUAAAACUAAGCUUUAUAAUAGUUGUACGACGUAUACGUAUUGAAGCCUUUAUAAGGAAAUGCGUUCAUAAUAGGUUUCUAUUUGCCAAUUUUAUUGGAAAACAGGCCAAACGAUUUUAGCGAGCAGAUUCUUGUCUGCUCAAUCUCAGCAUGUUCUAGAUGCAGUAUUAACCGGUUUAUUAAGUGCUCUCCACAAAAGCGUCCAUAUAAAAUUUAAUGGUGAGACGAUUUUUCAAGGAUCAACCUUUGAACUAUGUGGUUUCGAUCUGCUUGCAGGCGAAAGAAAGGUCUGUCAAGGGAAACUCUGUUCCAGCAGUAUUGAAACAGGAAAAGAAGUCGCAGUUAAGGUACAGUUGUUAUGCUGAGACUAUAUUUAACUUACAUACGUUGAGCAAAGUUCAUUUAAUUGCCCUUUGAGGUUAAAUCAUGUUGUAUAAUACAAAAUGUUUGAAACCAUUAAAGUACAACAUGAUUUCUUUCCGGCCUGCUUCAAAUAGCUUGUUCUUUCUCUUGACUGAAAGUGAUGUAAAAAUGAAAUUAAUCAAGAUAAUAACGAGACGUGUUAAAGUGUAAUUUCAGUUUAUUUCCCUGCGAGAAUGUUAUGUCCUAGCAUGUGAGGAAAUAAAAGCAGGCUUUUUUUUUCAAGAAUUUUUGCAUCCUAUGUCUUGCAUGUGUUCCGUGCGGGAAUUCUUGGAAAGUUCAAAAAGCUAUAUAUUAAGAUCUUAAACAAGCAAUUUAUCUGAUGUUCUGUGAUCUCGGGUUUCAUGCAUGUGACUGAAGGUCACAGCAAAAAAUUGAUUUUUUUUCGGUUUAGACUAUUUGAAUUUCCAUCAAAGACUAGGCUUCCUGUGGAGAGAACAAUUACCUAGGCAAUUAUGAGAAAAUAUAGUUAUAGAGCAUUGAAAAGUUCUUGUAAGUUACUAUCGUCACAGCUCAGUUUGGGGUUGAGCUAAAAAAGGAAGCAAGCACAAUUCAGGUGAAAACUUCCAAAAAUACUCCAGCCCACUCAAAACCAUGCCAGCAGAAUUUAAACAAUCUGUUGGUGUCAAUUCUGGGGUUUCGGUGUCUGUUGUUCCUCUUUUCCCCGAUAAUUUUAUUAGUUCCAACAAACUAUCUCGGUUUGUAUGAUAAGGACAUUUUGUACAUAUACCAUAUAUUGUAUUUAGAAAUUUAAUUUGGGUUUAAUUAUACGAUUCAAAGUAUGUGAUGAAGUACUUACAAGUCCGAGAGAGGAUUUUUAUUUCUUUCACUCUUAGGCCUGGUAAAGGCAGAAUGAUUUUGACUAUUCUAACUUUUUAAACUGUGGAUGAAGUACUACUUAAGGGAGGUGACAUGGCAGAGCAGCUAAGGUGCUAGAAUUGUAGUCCAAGGGUCCAAGGUCUUUCCCUGCCCUAACAGCCAGCUGCUUAUAUUCUUGGUAGUCCUGAUUCAACUCCUAAUCCAUGCUUGUAAAUAGUCAACUGGUUUGUCUCCAACCAGUUGGCUUCUCCCAAGACUAAAACGUCUUUUGGUCCGCUUGAAUCCAUUAGGUGUUUUCAAUUUGUCAUACAGUACUUCUGUAAAUUUGAACUGUACUCCCCUGUACAGAGUUCACUAGCCCGAUUGUAAAAUCCACCAGCCCAUGGUUAUUAGACAAGACUUGCAUUGCAUGCUGAUUCUUAACCUUAUUACAUAUAUACAUUCUUUUUCCAUUCCUAACAGUUUAAGGUUUGGCUCAUAUUAUCAGGAAUUUGAAAAAAUCUGAGUUUGAGAAAUCAGGAGGCUAGUGUAUUAAGGCUAUGUUCAACUAUUCAUUUUGUUUGGAAUUCAAUUUGUUUAAACAUGCAUUGGUACAAUAAUUAAAAGUGAUUUCAUUUAUAAAAUCUUUUUUUGUUGUUGUAACAUCAACUCCUUUAAAUGUUCACAUAUAACAGGAAAGCAACCUUUAUAAUUUAUUAAGGAAUUUCUCUGGAAAAUUUAAAGUUGAAAAAUAAGAAGGCUUGAUUUUCUUAGAUUGAAAUGUACCAAAAAAAUGUGUAGGGCACAUUUCUUAGGAAAAAUGUUUUUGCGGGCUGCCUUCUUUUGAAGGGGGGGUCUUCCCCUGGGAAAAAAAUAAUUCAGUGUGGUAGCUGAGAAGGGCAUUUCAGUGCAUUUUGAGCCAUGAGUCAGGGAAAAGAAUUUUAGCCAUGAGGAUGGUUCUGUACUGUGCCUUCAUUGACUUACAUUUGCUUUGUUUUAUAUCAAAUUUGUUUUUUCAAACUAAGUGUUAAGAGGCAAAUACCAAGGAUAUAUCUGUCUCUGAAAUUUUUUCUUUGAGUUGAGCUGAUGCUUCCUUGAUGUCUAGGUGGCAAUUAUUAUUAUUGUAGCUGGUUGCAGGUGCUGUUGGAGAACUCAGAAUUUAUUGUUAGAAGUACUCUUUUUAAUCCUUUAAAAGGGAAUUGAUUGUUGCGUUAAGAUGAUGAUGUACACUUUCCUCUUUUCAUGACAUUGGCAACUUGCUUUUUUGUAUUCCACAAGGUUUUCUUACUCUCAGAUACUGAUCAUAAUUCGUCUACUCCAGAAUUUUAGGCUUAUCGUCUUAAUCCUUAAAAGAAACGAUUCCUCAUUGUUGUGUUGGUUAAAUAUAUGCUACCCUUUGGUGACCUUGUAGAUUGUUGACAAUUAUCAGCAUUCCAUUAUCACCUAAAGACCUGUUUGUUUUGUGGUAAUCCCAAAGGACUAGCUUCAAGGAGCUAUGUUGCACUAGGUGCUAUCUUUUUAAAAAGCCAAAACUUUUUUUGCAUCAAUUGCAUACCAAAAACAAUGGUCUAGUUUUGUUUUGAAACUGUUUCUUGUUGUCUUUUGCAAUGGAUGGCAGGGAUGGAUGUGGAUCAACACUUGAAAAAUUUGGGCCAACUUUUUAAAGUUUUACUGCUGUCGCUGCAAAAAUCACCAAAAAAGCAUUAUGAUUAGUGCUCCGUGGUAGAAUUGUUUCAUAUCUUCUUCAUAACUUUAUAGGAGCAUUUUGUGUAUGGUCAAAAGCCCUAACUUUAAUGACUUCAGUACAGAAUUGACCUAAAACAGCAUUAUCAUCCUCCUCACAAUAUAGCCCUUAAAAAUGAAGUUAGCACAGCGAUAAUUAAUGGUGCUGAUCUUAGAGAACUGCAAGUCCAAGGAAAAAUAAUGGCAUUCUUUCAAUGCUUCUCCAUUACCACAGAGUUUAGGGUUUAACCAAGCAUUGUAAUUUUUGAGCUUGUCACUCAAUUUAGACUGUCUCUUAUCACGUGAACUAGAUCAGAUUUCAGGUUACUUCCUUUAUAAUGGGGUGAGAAAUUCAGGCCAUAUUUUUGCAUGUGGCUGUUCACGGUUGUACAUUUCAGUUGUGGAAUUCAGCAGAUGGUCGUGUUGUGGCAGGUGUAUAGUGGUGACUCCCUUGUGUGAUUCUUUUCCUAGAAAUAAGUCAGGCUUGGCCUAGUUGCUGACAUUUAUCCAGCUAGUGUGAUUAGCUGUCAUUCAGGCUACUUGACGUUUUUGUUCUUGUAAGUUAGUCCUAGACACGUGAUCAUGUCGUGAUUUCUGUUUCGGAAGUGCGAAAUGAAGCAAAAGGUAUGUUGCAACCUUAUUAUUUAGGCCAUUAUUUUACAGUCUCCAUUGGUCAGCAAUCUAAUGUACUUGUAAAUCGUGAUAAAGCUUUUCACAAUAAGAACUUAUGCUUGAAGUUUUUUGUUAGAAUGUUUAUAUGUGGACUAAACCUUACAAGUGAGAUCAAGUACAGCAUGAUUACCGAUAAUUAUAUGCUCUGUACCUCCAUUCAGUUGGUCAUGUGUAAUUUAUUUCUUUAACAGUCUCAUAUAUUUAGACUGGCUGGAACUACUGAGGAAUAUAACAUUGAUCAUUCAAAUAUUUAGAACACUUUGACCAUCUCAACAUUUAUUUUUCAUGAUCGGAUGUUGAUCUUUGAGGACGUGAUAAUCAGUUACCUGCAUUGAUUAGUUCGUAACAAUAAAUAUUUGUCCCAGUUAAUUAAGAAAUACUUUUCAGAGUGACCUUAUCUGACUCAUUGCUAAUUAAAAUAACAUUGAGUUUGUCAUCAAGUGAGUGAUUAUAGCCGAGGUUAAUUCUUGCAUGUUUCAUUAGAAAUAAAACUGAUGCAUUUUCAUGUGAGUUGUUAAAAUGUAAAAAAAUGAUGAGAAGUUGAGCUAGCAUGUCCUAUGAACAACCCGUAUUUGUAUGCAUGUAAAAGACAUCCAAUACUUACUGCCAUGGUAGCAUUAUGUGAAAAUUUGUGUUACUUAAUGAAGCUGUUUGCAUGGUGAUAAAAGAAAUGUCAGGUACAUGUACGUUAAAACUUGACAAUUUUUUCUUCAUUCUGUUUGGGUGAUAUAAUUACGAGAUUGGAUGUAAUUUCUUUGUGCACGUGAAGGAUGAAAACUUAUUUUUUGUACAAAAUCCCUGCCCUUAGGAAAACAUAUUUGUCUUGUUGGAGAUAGUAGGCUGUGUAUUAAUAAUUUAACCCAGUUUGGGGUGAGUCACGUACAAAAUCUUGACACUUCAACACAACUUUAUUUUAGGGCUAGGGUUGGGGACUGCUUGUCAAUUAAUCUAUUCAAUAAUUAAAUCAUUCAGAAUGUCUUUAAAUUUAGUCUUUUCUACAGUGUGGAUAUUGAAGCUGGAAAAUAAUAAUCAAGACUUCAAAGACAUGAGAGAAUUGAAAAAAUUAAUGGCUAUCUGUUGUUAGUUAACUCAUAAUCAGCUCAUUUCCUGUCAUCAGUGGUUGCUAGUGAUAAAUCACUGCCAUAGUUCAACAGAGUUGAAGAUUGAAAAGAGUUGCUACUAUUUUAACAUACACAUUUUGUGUUUUGUUUCUUGUUAACAAGUUUGUGUCCUAUUCCAUUGCGAUAAAAAAUGAGAGACUGCCCCUGCCCGUGGCAUAUUUUGUUUUGGAAGUAUUAUUAAUACUUGUAAUCCUUAUUGGUGCCAGAGAUAAAAUUCCAGCACAUACGAUUACUACAGACAUACAUGACUUUAGUCAUGAACAAUGAGUUGAUGUUUGCAAAUUCUUAGACAGAUCAAUUUUCGGUAAUGCGUCAAGGUUCUCAUUGUUGUUCAAGUAUCAUGCUCUCUCUGCCACAGACAUGUCUUUUGCUUGAAUUUAAUUUUUCUAAAUUAUCUGUGUGAAAAGUGUCUGUGACAUAUAGUUGUAAAUCACUUUCUCAAUAACAUUGCAGUUAUCAGUUAUUUAAACAAAACAAAAUCUGUGCGGAACUUCCUUAGCGGAAAAAAGUGCAUGUAUUAUAAAUGAGAUUACCACUGUGUUUCAGAAUCUUAGCUAAUUUGAUUUUGUAGUUAAGUUAAUUAAAGUAAAACUGUCCUGCUAGGAUGUUUUUGCCCCACGGUAGUUAAAUGCAUAUCAGUUUUCCUGCUUCCUGUUGAGAAAGCAUAAAUCUUUGUUUUCAUUUUGAAGAGCUUGUGAAUUGAUGUAAAGCAAAAAUAAAAGGCUGAGAUCAUGUUUAAAAACUCCUAAUGAAUGGCAUUUUACUGUACUUGCCAUGGUUCAAUUUUAUCCUUGGUUCAAAUUUGAUACAUCUAUUUUUUAUAUUCAUUAUUAUGCAUUAAAACACGCAAAAAGAAAAGAAACAUAAAAUUCAAACCAAGGAUAACAGUGAACUAUAUAAUAAUUCACCCUGGGCUUGAAGUGUUUGUAUCAUUAAUUAAUUUUCUUUUAUCCGCAACCGAUUUUCAUUUUAUUGAAAUAGACCUAGAUCAAAGACCGCACAUGGAAACAGGUUAUUUUUUUAAUGCGAUUUAAAUUUGUAUAUGUUAGUCCAUGGUUUGAGUUGUGGUAAGAAUAGCAGUGUCCAUCUACUCAGCUCCCCUGGAAAGAAAGAAUUUUGAAAAUGUAAAACAUGCUGUUCUGGAAGGUCAAGGAAGGCAAAGGAAAGCUACAUGCAGCACUUGAAAAUUGAAAUAAAUCUGACAAGAUCAGAUCCUCUACCAAAGCUCCUCUAUAAUUUUGCUGUCAUACUAUUACAAAGGCAUUUGUUCCUGCAUGUAUAUUGCAAGGAAUGAGGGGCGAAAUGUUUAAGUUUUUUCCUGCGAGUGAAAACUUUGUAAGAUAGAACAUGUGGAGACGUUACAUGUAGUCUUAAAAUGGUAAGAGCUAGUCUCAAGCAUUUCUUGUUUAUAAGAGGAAUGGUGGCAUUAUGGAUUAUUUCAUUUCAACGAGAACUCAGAUGGGCAUUAAUUUUUUCUCCUUGUUACAAAGUUAUAAUAGUUUACAGCAAGCACACAAAUGAGAUGUGUAGCUUGAGUGAAGGGCUUGGAUAUUCAGGACUGUGCUCUAGCAGAGCCCGGUGUCCCCUGGCACCUAACUUUUGCCCUUGGGCAACUAGCAAAUCUCAGAUUUUUCAUACAAAUCAUAUGCUGGGCACCCUAGAUUUUACAGUUUCAGAGCAUUGGGCUCCCUUCAAUUUUCCUUAGAGCACAGCCUUGAGUAUUUAUGCCUUCCACUAAGGGCCUGACUCUAGUUUAAACCUCUCUACAAUGGCUGCUGCUUUCUUCUGUCCCCAAGGUUGCUGUGGUGGUGAGGUUCAACUGUAUUUAGUUUCAGAAAGCUUGAAUACAUUGUUUUACUUUUGUCAGGUUUGUCACCAUGAAGAUUGUCAGGAGAUAAAUAAUGGAAAUCCCCUUCUUCUUUGCCUGAAGUGUGAUGAAGUUCACCACCUUGGUGCAGCGUCAAAUCAUGCAAGGUUUGAUGUACCAGGUAAGUUGGCACUUGAUUCAGGAUUUCUAACGUUAUUUACUAGUCCUUUUUCACAAAAGUUAUUGAUCUCAAAUUGCAUUUGAUUGCAUAAUCCAUAAUGUGAUUAAUGUUAUUGUAAAUUAAAAUUCAGGUUAAAAUGGUUUCAACCUAGUUUCUCAUCAUUCCUUUUAUUGUCUCCUAGCCCAAUCAUGAGUUAUAAAUAAUGGAAAUUGACAAUCAAACUUUAACUUGAAUUUCAUUUGAGACCAGUUUGUGACCAUUUUUUAUUUUCAAGGCUGGCCGUCUCUCGGUAUUCCCAUCAUAAGAUCUCACUUGUUUGAUUAAAAUUUGGUCUAUGUUUUAUUUAGAGAGGCCUAGUACUAAUUUAUUCAGGAGGCCAUCAGCAGGCUCAGAUUCUGGGAAUGAAGAUGACUUGGAAUCUGAGCCUAACAAUAAAGUGUGAGUUUCAUUCACUUGUUUUAGAAUAAGACAUUUAGAACUACAGAUCAGGGAAAUAGAAUGUUGAUUAGGACAGUGUCAGGCGUCAUGUUAAUAGUAUGCUUGGCGGUAAUUACAUGUAGAUUGAAGACUUGCCGCUGAAGUUGUUGUAGCACUUUAUAAGUAGGUUGAGUAUGAUCGUCCAGGUGAACAAAAGUCCUGAAUUUAGGACUACGUUCACCAGGACGAUCACACUCAACUUACUUAUGAAAUGACUUCUGCAUUCAAACCUUUCACUGUAGCACUUUAAUCACAUAAAAUGGAUAACUAAAGUUAAAGGGUUCUUUGCAACGAGGGAUCAAAACAACAGCUGUUCGAUGGACAAUGUCCAGCCACAAUGGCGUUUUGACUGGCCAAAGGCUCCACUCGCCAGUCAUGUUGACCAGUCUUUCCUGAACAAACAGCCAAAUCCUCACCUGUAAAUCUUAGAUUUUGUUUCUUUGAAAAAAUACAAUCACAUUCACUAAGAGAAAACAGCAUGGGUAUCAGUUCAUUUUUUCUGCAACUUUUUGACUGGUCAGAAAACAGGAUUUAUGAAGCAAAAAUUUCUUUGGCUGGUUAAUGUGUCCGGCCACCGUCCAAAAAUUAUUUUGAGCCCUGGCAAUGCAAGGUGAAAGGUGUAUGCUCUUACACAAGACACUAGAGAACACCUUAGUGUCAACUUCACAUAACUUGCUUGGAAUGAGAUUAAGCUGAGAGUGUUUUUUUUCUAAGAAACAUGUACAAGGUGAUUUGGAGCCAUGCUAGUGAAGUUUUCUGCAUGGGGCUGGAUUCACAAAGACCUUGUAGGAUAGGAAAUAUCCUAAAUAUAGUUCCUUAACAAAAGCCAGUUGUUGUUUGACAAUAGUUGAGAUAUGUACUUUUGUUAACUUAGGAAGCCUUCAUUAAUCCAGCCCCUGAUAAAACUACCGGUAAUUGAAACUGUGUAAACUUUCAUACAUUCCUGUCACUACAUAAAUAUGUGGUGUUCAUUUGUUUGUUUUUGUUUUAACAGUGACAAGAAACAUCGUGGCUAUUCCUCUGGGAAGCGCAUGUUUAAGUUAAACACUGCAGCCAAGAGGAAACCAAGGAGACAUAACACAGAUGUGAGUUUGUCAAACAGUCUUGACCCUUUAAGCGCCGCAUGAAUAAAUACUUUAUAUAUAAAAAAUAUAUAUAUAUGUAUGCUCUCAAUUCUCAAUUAUUUUAUUUUAUUGUAGGUGUCAUCCACUAGAUUAGCCUUUGCUAUUUGGAUGAUUCCAACUCGCUCUCUAUUUUGUUGUUACAUUUUUCUUUUAUUGCUUAGUUGUACUGUGUUUAGUCGCCUAUGUGAAUUUAACCUUUAUGUCAUGUAAAACUGAGCUGAGUUUAAUAAAUCAUCUUGUCUUGCCCCAUAACUACAUACAAUUUCUCCAGACUGAUCUCCAAACAUUUCCUUAAUUAUUCGUCGAAAGAAUUUGAUAAAAGAUCUAAGGAUUUUUCUUUGUGACCAUUUGAUAAAUUCCCGAAACUUUUUCUCUGGAUAAUGAAUAAGUGUUUUUAGGAGAAAAUUGAUGUUGGUCACUCUUGAGAUUAAGAAAAAGGGUUAACUUGAUUAUUUGAAACAAUAUUGUAAGACAAAUGCUUUACAAUAACAUUAAAAACAUUGCUUUACAUGCUUACACUGUAGCUUUUGAAUGAUGUACGUACAGUGAAAAGUUUGUACAGUGAAGAGUUGAGUCUGUUAAUGUAGUUGGAACAAUGUACUUCUAUAAAUAAGGUGGUUAAUUCUUGGCAUAAUACCUCUUUGGGUUUUAAUUAUGUUGUUUCUCAGAUGAAGUGUAAACAGAUGCAAGCACCUUGUUAUAUAUUUACUAUUCAUUUCCAUUUUCUUAGGAUCCUGGUCGGGAUUUUUUUAGUAUUAAAUUUUUUGAUCACAAGUCUGGAGAAUUCCAGAUCAACUUAUUCCCUGCACUCAGUGGAAAAUCGCUAAGGUAUGUCAGUCUUUUAGGAGUAUUAAUUUGUAACCUUUUUAGGACAUUAAAUGUAACUCACUUUAACUGUAGGAGUUACUGUAUGGUGUUUUAUACAUUCUAUAAUGUGUAAGAAGCAGUGCUACGUUUGUGAAGCCAUGUGUUGGUUGGCUUGUAAGUGCAUGUCUUAUGUUUGGAUUUUUUUUUUUUCAACUUAAGCUUAAAUAUUGACUGUGAGCUUAUUGUAAGACUAAAGAUUAAAAGACACUGCUAACACAUAGACUUUCAGUGUUGGUGAUAAUAUAUAAUUCUGUACAGAUCAGGUUGCAAUGAAAGUCUGUUUUACAGCUUGCCCAACUCACAUGUACCAACUCAAGAGUUGUUUUAACUAACCCACAUGAAUUUCAUUACGAAUUUAAACAAAUUGUCUGUUUUUAUUACAGUACUUCUGUGAUAUAAAUUCCCCCUAAGAAGUUACUUGCGUAGCUGUUGGGCAAGUUAAAAACAGAAUUCACUAGUCUGAUUGCGAGUAGCUGUGGGCUAAUGAACAGACCUUUCUUUGCAUGCUGCAAAUGUAGAUUGUCCCCCUGACCAAUAUUUCAGUCUUAAUUUUCUGAAAUGUUUUUUUUCUCCUUUAUCACAGGGAUUCUAUUGAGCCACUUUUUGAGUCGCAGAACUUUUCGUUUACAACUCACUCAGUAUUUCUGGAUUCCUCAAACACUCCUCUGCCACUUGCCUUCGAUACCUUCCCACUGGGUGGAAAUGUUCUUCAUGUGAGAGGUAUGACCAACAUUUUUUUUCUCCCUAUACUAACAUUGCACAAUCAAACAUAAAGGUUGUAAUGAAAACGGAAAUUAUCUUUGUUCAAUGAGUUCUUGAUUUUAAACAGAUUCUAAUCAUCAGACCAUGAUAAUUAUUGUGUAUAUAUAAAUAUUAUUAGUAUACACUGUAUGUCAACUGAUGAGGAUAACAAUGUUUUCAGAGAGUCCCGAGUUCUGAUGAACAUCAGGACACGAAAACAAAACUAACUGGUUUACCAUGGGGUGUGGCAUUAAGUCUUUUGUUAUUCCUAGACUUUCACUUCAACGGUAACAGAGAACAAAAAAACAAAUCAAAACAUUGUCGGUCCUUUAAAGCUUUAUAAGAACACAAAUUUUAUUCUUAAAACUGCUGAAUGAACAAUUCACAAAAUACAUGUACUGUCUUGCAUCAUCUACACCUUUUUCGUCCUUGGCUGCAAUAUUUCUUUUUGGAUAACUUUGAAAAUCAUCGCUUUUUAGCUUAAGGCUCCUUGUUUGUAUUGUCAUGUUCAUUCACUGGAGUGAAAACAGGCAAUGUUUUUCGCGCCUUCUGUCACACCACCUUUCACCAUGCUUUGAUCAGAUAUGUCCCGAGUGGGGUACAAUAACUGAAUUGUAUCAUUGUGCAAUUGAGAUACAUUUGAAUUUAGUCAAGACCACAUGACAAAAAUCAAUCAACCACAGUCUCUGUUUAUUUGAGCAAAAGACUAGGAAAUUAACAGUGGGGUAUCUUAAGAGAGCAGUAUGUUUAAUACACUUUUCUUCUCUUUAGCUAAUGCAGACAUGAAGGUGGAUCAGAGAAUAAUAGACAUGGUUAGUGUGGAAGAGGGGAUGACAAGACCAAAGAGUUCCUCUUUCUUGCAUCGGUCUGGUUCAUUUACGACAAAGGGUAGCAAAGACAAGGGAGGCACUCUGAAAAAGGCAGAGAAUGAUGACAAAGACAGAGAAAGCGGUAAAGAGGACAAGUUACUUCAACAAUUUAAUAAAAAUGUAAGUAACAUAGUAAAUGGUUUGAACUUAAAGUCCUGGAUAAGUACAUGUAGAUGGACUCUGACUUUCCAGGUGAUUGUAGCAUAGGCCCACGCUGUUCAAAGCGCUGGAUAACAUUAUUCAGUGGAUAAAUCACUAGCCAGCAGAUGAUUAUUAGGGACUGAAUAGAGAUUUAUCCAGUGUAUAGUGUUAGUAACCUUUUUGAACAGCUCGGCCCUGAAUAGGAUGACUUUUCAGGUGAUUGUAGCCCAGGCCUAAGUUGUUCAAAGCGCUGGAUAACAUUAUUCACUGGAUAAAUCAGUAGCCAGCAGAUGAUUAUUAGGGACUGAAUAGAGAUUUAUCCAGUGGAUAGUGUUAGUAACCUUUUGAACAACUGGGCCCUGAAUAAGAUUGUUGCUGGCAGUGACUCUACCACAUUUUGACUAGCCUGCGCCAUGGCUGAAACUAAACCUCUGAUUAAGUCUGUCUGCAAGCCAGCGCUGAAAUUCUUGUUUUAGGCUCCCAUUUGUGUACCAGGAUUUGAGUACCCAUGGUGAUUGGCUUGUUAAAACAAGCUGUUGUUGAUUUGCCAAUCAGGUUGUGGGAAAUUGGGCACAUUAUUGUUUAAAAAAAGACAAUGUUCCUAUGCCAUGCCAGGGUAUUCUUCAAACUUUAUGGCUUUUUGUCAAAAACCUUAAAUCCUUGCUCAUUUUGUUCUUUUACUUGUGGUAAAAUUAGACUCAGCGAGGCAAGAAAAGCAUGGAAGCUCUAUUUGGUAAAGAGUUUGGUGGCAUGCAACCACAACCAUCAAGUCCAGUUCUACACGGUGGCAUGUACACAGGAGGAAGUGGGUCUAUGCCGAGACCAAAGUCAGCGGGUCGGCUUCAAGGGUUAUUCAGCCAACCUAAAUCAAUGAAGGUAUCCAAUACAUUUAAACUACAUGUAUUAUUAUAUCAGUUAAUUUCUUUCAAAUCCAAAGUCCAAACCACAAGUCAGUCAAUACAGUGUAUAUGUCCCUCCAUGACAAUGUCAUUUCUAACAUAUUUAUAUUACUUGUGAUCAUUAUUUUUAAGGGAACACUCAAAGAUGCCUUAGAUCGAUACUCCUUGUAUGGUUUGGAAGAAAAUUCAAGCUAUGAUUGUAACUUCAAAAGUGAGAUUGAAGACAUAAUUAAACUGGUAAGUAUUUUGAAUUCUGUGAGAAUCCUUUGAAAGUUAGUUAGGGGAGCUAACUUCAAAGCAAUUUCUUUCAUCCUUCUUUUCUUCCAUCAGAUGGCCCUAAAAAGCCCCUUGAAAAUUCUUUUUAGAAGAAUAGGUGCUGCAGAGAAGUUUUUCUUCAGGAAAUAAUAAAUUGUUCACUAAAAUUAUUUUUUUAGCUGCAAAUAUUUUUGAGUUCUGGGUUCUGAAAUUUCCAUUUGUGUACCCUGGAAAACUCCUGGAAUUUUAUUUCUUUUUUUCUUAAUGAUAUCAAACCCUGAUAGCAUUAAUAUCUUUGUUAAAUGCAGUUUAAUUUAUUGAAUUGUGUUGUUGUGGUAAAGUUAGAGUUACAAUUACUGGUAUAUUUGCCAUAGGUACCCACGUAAUAGCUGGUUGCUCUCUUAUGUCAGCCCACCAUAGUGAUGGAUUAGCUGAUCCAUAUGACCGUUAACCAUCACUAUUUUUUUUACAGCAGACUCAGUGAUAUUGUUAAACAGUUUUAGGGUGCAAAGCUAAAUUAAUGCAUCUUUCUACCCCAAUGCUCUCACUUAAGAGUUCACGUGCACACUAAAUAAUUAAGAAAUAUGCCUGUCGCUGUUUUCAAUCACUUGCAGGAGACAUCAUGGACAGAAGUUGUCAGUGAAGCUCAUAUUAAGGUAAAAUGAAAAAAUGAGGAUUUUCAACAACUUGAAAUGUUUGGUUAGAAGCAGGAGUGUGUGUGUGAGGAAAUAAUUUUUAGUAAAAUUGCUGGCACAUGUACUAUGACUUUUUCUUAUUACCCCAUGUUUAUUUUCUCUGUUCAUCAGGCAAUGACUAAAAAACAGAAAGACCAGCAAGAAGCGAUCUGGGAAUUGUUGUCAACAGAGGCAGCGUACAUUGCUAAACUGCAUGUUAUCAAAAAGGUAUGGUUUAGCGUUUGUGCAGUAUGCCUUCCUUUCUAUUUUAUUUAAAUAUAUUCUUGUGUUGCUCUGCUAGUCCUCUUCACAGCUAAGAAAGGUGAAUAUAAUAUUAACAGAAAGAUAGAAGCUGCCAGUGUCUCCACAAUAACAAGCACUUGAGACGAACAAUACGAUAUCACGCUGAUCGAUCACUAGCCUUCAAAACCUUUUCAAUAUGAUACACAGUUUAAAUCGAGGUUUCGCUGUAUGCAACCCUUACAUUCAAAAUAUGCCAUAAUCAUGGUUAUCUAUCGCAAGAACCAUCCACCUUUUCCCCUCAACUGCUACCUGUACGCCCAGCAAACAUAUCAAACGCACUCUCCUAAGCUCCGAUUACUCCUAGUAUUAAAUCAUAAUUUGUUAUUUCUGGAGGUAAAUUUCUAUGUACCAAUUUUUUUUGUUGUUGACAGCUUUUUGUCCAGUGCCUCCGAAAUUUGCAGGGUGAGGGAUUUUUAACUGAGGUAUGACCAUUUUUCAAUCUUUUUCAUGACUUCUAAUAUGAAAAAGUGAUGUUAGUGAGUGUUUUUUUUGCUUUCGCUAAGUGCCAACGAAAGAAAAAGAAUUUGCCUACAUCACCUGUUUUAGUUCCAAUGUUUAUAAAACCAUGUUAGCUGCUGAGCCGAGAAUUUCCACUACAGGCACUCCUCGUUCCUACAUUUCUGCCAUGCUCUUGGCCUUAAAAUCGCUCUUAUUCUUCUGCUUAGACAUUUUUUAACCUUAAACUUGUCGAGUUUCAAACAGCGAAAGGGAAAUAACAUUUAUAGGUUAGCGCGAACUUGAAAUAGCGAGUUGAAGUUUGUACAAGUACAGUAGUGUGGCAGAGAACAUUGUCCGAACUUUGGAGGUUCGUUUGUUUACAACAAAGGUCAUCAAAAGUCACGUGAAACUACAUGUGAAAUCUAACGCCACUAAAAUCCCCAGGGAAUCUACACCUUUAUACAUUACACUUUUCACAGCAUAAUCAAGAAUUUUUUUGCCUGCUGCAAUACUUCACGUGGCAAUAAGCUGGCCGCCUUGCAUACCGACCGUCUUCGCUCGGCUUGCUCGUUGGCAAUAAACAAGUAUCAGAAAUCAACUGCCUGCAUAACAAUAAUAAUAUUGUUAUACAGACUGUUGAUUUCUGAUACUUAAAAGUGGGGUACUCUUCGUUGUAAUUUUUACACUAUGAUCCACUUUUUUGUUCAGAUUGAAGGUUCCAAGCUUUUUAGUAACGUGGAGGACAUUUAUACGGUUAAUUUAGCAUUUUGGAUGGCUAAUCUCAGCGGAAUAGUGGAAAAUGUAAGUAACCUGUACUUUUUAUCCUUGCUAAAUCUUGCAACAAAAAAGUGAUGAAAACAUGACCUCAAAGUAUAUGGUUCUUACAAAUUAACCUGGGUAGCUGGCAGUAUAGUUAUGGGCAUGGUACUUUCUUGGCAUCAAAUCCGCAAGGGAAAACUUCCUCUCAAUCUUCAUGCCACUCCACCACCAAAAAUUAACAGCUUUGUCCUGCUUAUCCUGACUGCUACACAGGUUAUUGUGACUUACAAAGCAUGUAGAGGUGUACAUUUUAGUGGCUGAACUAUACAUGUACUUCUCAUAUCCUUUAACUUGGUGUACAAAAAUAGAGAAGAUGUGGUUUUGGUGUCAUAUUGAUAUUCUAUUUGUGGAAAAAAAAAGUAAGAAAAGAACAAGAGCCAAAAGAGUGUUUAUUGAUGUAAGUGAAGGUCGUAUAUAAGAGAUAGCAUUUUCUGCUUCCUUAGUAAUAAUAAUAAUAAUAAUAAUAAUAAUAGUUUUUUAUAAUAAUAAUAAUAAUAAUAAUAAUAGUAAUAAUAAUAAUGUACUAAUUGUAAUCUUUUUUUUGUACAGGCACGGCAAACCAAGGAUCCCCUCAAUCCAUUAGACAUGGAACAAGGAUUUAACAUGGUAAGCAUUAAUAUAAGAUGUAUUGCUCUAUUAGGGGGCUUUGCCCAUGCAUUUUGUUCAUAUUGAGUAUUAAAGUAGUUAAGAAAUGGUCCGGCCACUUCAAAGUGCUACUAAUUUUCCUGGACAACAAACUAACACCAUGGCCUGUUAAAGGUCAGCAGCACUGAAACAGUCAAAAUGUUACAAUACUUAACAUAGUGAAAUGAAACCAUUUUACACUUAGCGGCACAUGAUGAAUAUGAUUUGUCAUUCUACUGUUGCAAACUUUUGAUUGGGCCAUUUGCUGCUGGAUGUGUCACUCAAAAUAAUGGGGGACACUGUGGAAAAACCCUUUAAAGUAAUUGUUACAUAGGACUCUGCUCCUAAUGACAAAUUUUCGAUUGGCUUUGGGCUCAACCCUCCAUCUCCCCACUACCCUGGCAAUGUUGCCUCCCUCCCCUCCUCCCUCCCCUCCUCCCCCCCCUCCCCACCAAGACACAUUUUUACCAAUUUUGCUCAAAAUUUAACUCCACUUGGGGUGGGGGAAAGACUUUUCACCUCCAUUGAAACUAGUCUGGACUGUCUCUGACGCAGGCUACAUUUAACUGUCCUUUGUUAUUAAGACGGAAAAUUAAAUUUUACCUUUGGAUGUUGUUUGUAGUUUGAGUCGCACUUUGACCCUUACAUCCUAUACUGCUUGGAGGAAGCCAACUGUUUGAAGUACUUCAAGGAAAAACUUAUGGAAAAUGAAGAAUUUAGAACGUACAUCUCAGUAAGUAGCUAUCAUGGUAUUUUUCAUUUUCAUUUUAUUUUGUUUUUUUUCAUUUAAGCCCCAUGGUUAGUGAAGAUUUAAUGGUAAUGUACGUCAUGAAUAACUAUUUGAAUUGGGGUCAGGGGAAAUUUAUUUGGCUAUUAUUCUGCUUUUCGUUUUUUCCAACAGUAGUUUAAUUUUUUGGUGAGUCAAGUUAGUGUUUGUUUUGCUGCUUUGAAGACACUUUGGCAUAACUUGUGGCAAAUUUGCCAUAAAAUUUAAACUGGGUGUUUACAGCAAUAAUAAGUAGGUGGAGAACUAAAAAGCCAGGAGGUUCUUUGGGUUAUAUAAUUUUCUGUUUUUCUUAUUAAAGUAGUUGGGGGUCAUGCUCUUGUGGGGGGAAAAUCAGGCCUGGCCCUUGUCCCUAAACCCAUUUGCCCCUGAGCCGCUUGUAACCCGCCCAUGGGGAUCGACGUCCCUUCCACCAUUUGUGACAUCAUCAGUUUUAAUGGUCAAGGACAACUUUGCCCGCUAACUUGUGCAGAGUUAAGAGAUCUUUCAAACCAUACCAGAGUGAGCACAAACUGAGUCAAGGACACUGGAGAAAAAGGCAAAAAAACAUGUAACAUUGACCUGAAAAUUUCCACGAAAAUCUUGUUCCACUACCCAUCUUCCUUUCCCUUCACCUAAUCCUAAGAUCCUAACCCAGGGACAAAUAGGUUAGUGAAUGUAUGCAUUUAUAAAUAAAAUAUAGAACAAAAAAGCUCAACACGACUCCCAGCUAAAAAAAUUCACUUCCUGCUGUUCAUGGCCACGUAUACUUUAACUUGGUUACAACCUUAUUGUUUUAGUGGUGUGAAGAUCACCCAUAUUGCACCGACCGGCUCAAGUUAAACGAUUUCCUGGUGAAGCCCAUGCAGAGAGUUACAAAGUAUCCUCUGCUUGUGAGAGCGAUUUACAACAAAACUCUUGACAUUGAGGUGAAGGAACAUCUAACUAAAAUGGUGAGUUAACUGAUCAAGUGUUACAUUAAGAUUUUCAAAGAUGUAGAAGUGGGGAGAUUAAAAAGAGGUGGAGCUAACCUUUUUUGGACUCAACAGUGUUUGGAUUCUAGGUGUGACACUCUUUCAUAUGUAUACACUAGAAAUUCACGUGUUUUAUGGUAAAACUCAGGAUCACGUAAGAAACAAAUUUGUUUGGAAUGCUGUUGCAAUGUUGCAAGAGAAAAGUCAAUCAGGCUAAAUUGUAAAUGUGGCUAAAUGUAAUAAAGGGUAAGUCAAACGUGAAACAAUGCUGCUCAGCAAUUUUCCCCCAAGGAUUGGUAUGUGGGGUGGCGGGGGUUGCAUGUAGGGGAUGACGUAUUUAGAGCUCUGCUUUAGGUGUCAAGUCAUGGGGCGUUUGUUUCUCGCUACUGGGCAGUUCUUACUGAUUUGUCCAAUUCCCCGACGCUCAUCUACUGUUGAUGGUUUUAAUUGGUUUUUGAUUGUUUGGUUUGAUUAUGUGUACUGUCUCUUUUUAUGAUUGGUCACUACACAACAAAUAUUCUUGAAGCUUUUCAGGUGUUCAUGGGUUUCUACGCAAGUAACUUUUUCACCCUUACUAUUGACCAAAGGAAAAAAAACUGUCAAAAAGAUGACAUUUCGUUUUGUACAAUCCUAAGAAUUAAAUACUACUUCGCAAAAUUUCUGUCAAAGAAAGUUUCAUUUGAAUGACAACACCAUAGGAUUUCAUCCACAGACACAAAAGUUAGUACCAUGUACUAAAUAAAUAGUACCAUGUGAAAGUACUGCUGAAGAGGUUUCAUUUGAAUGGUAACAUCAUAGGAUUUCAUCCACAGACUCGAAAUUUAGAACUACAUACUAAAUAAAUAGUACCAUGUGAAAGUACUGCUGAAGGGGUUUUAUUUGAAUGGUAACAUCAUAGAAUUUCCUCCAUAGAUUUAAAGUCAGAAUGACAAAUUAUCUCUCUGAAAAGUGGUCUAGGAUUGAAGGGCUGAAGUCCACCAUCAACGUGUUUUCCCAACCAUUUCCUAUGCUACCUCAACCUCAACCCCCUCCCUCCCCCCGCCACUUCUGCCUCUUACGUCAGUCGGCACCGGAGGCCACUCUCUUGGCGUGACUCCUCAUUAUAACCAUAAGUUAUCCUAAAUCUUUUUUUUAGCGUGACCGUGUUGAAUCAUUUGUCAGUAAAGUGAAUGGGGCCAUGAGAGUGCGACACGAGUUGGAAAAACUCAAGGCAACGGCGGAAAGAAUUCAAAAUAAUUACAAUGUGGUUGAGGCUGUCAAUGAGGAGAUGGAUAAGGUAUUGAUCAGUCUUGUCUUUCUUUCGUAUUCUUGCUAAUUCUUGUUAUUUAAUGUAAUGGUAAUGAAAAGAGUUUCCUUUAAACCCUAGUCAUUAAAUUCGCAUCAUUUUUUCUAGAGAACUCUUUUUUGUGCACCUUAAUUUCUGCGGCUUUGUUUGUUGAAAUCCCAAAAAUUAAGUUGCACAAAGAAUUAGUUUUCAUAAAACUCUAAUAUUUGUCAUUUCUAGGUUGAAUUUUUUAAAAGCAAUUUAAUUCGCCUCUUUAUUUCUAGAGAACCUUUUUUUGUGCAUUUUAAUUUCUGCGACUUUUUUUGUUGAAAUCGCAAAAAUUAAGUUGCGCAAAAACUGCUUUCCAUGAAACCCUAAUAUUGGUCAUUUCAAGGUGGAAUUUUUUAAGCAAUUAAAGUUGCGUCUCUUUUUCUAGAGAACUUUUUUGGGCACCAUAAUUUCUGCGGCUUUUUUCGUUGAAAUCACAAAAAUUAGUUACAAUGAUAAAUUGAUUAACCUAAUGAAUAAACUGCAUCAUAAUUUCGCAUGGUUUAUUUUCCAGAGAAUGUUUUUUGUGCACCUUUUUUUCUGCAGUUUUUUUUUGUUGAAAUUGCAAGAAGUGAUUAAUUGCAUGAAUGGAUAGUGUAAAUGUCUCCGAAGUUACAUAUGUUGCAAAAAAUAUAUAUUGAUAUGGGCUAAUUUGUUUUUCUUAAAGAUUCUCCAAGAGUACAGUUCCUAUGACUUAAUGAGACCAAUGCCUGGCUUAAUAGAGGAUGAACACCGCUGUGUUAUCCAUGAGGGACCUCUCAGACUUCUAGAAAAACAGGGCAAGGUAUAAACUUUUUUCCUUCCAAGUGUAACUAGAAACGAUACGUCAGAAAAAAUGAAUUGCAAUUGAAAAUUAUCAAAAACAAGUGGUACCAUUUGGAAGUACUUUGGAAGAGGAUUCGUGUGAUUGGUAACACCAUAGGUUUUCAUUCACGGACUCAAUAGUUAGGACUUCUUACCAUAUAGAUAGUAACGUAGAAUUACUCCUUCAAAGGUUUCGGUUGAAUGGUAACAUCAUAGGAUUUCAUUCACAGACUCAAAAGUUGGAACUUUUUACUACAUAAGUAGUACUAUGUGAAAGUUCUGCUGAAGCAGUUUCAUUUGAAUGAUCAUAUCUUUGAAAUUCAUCCACGGAUUCAAAAGUUAUGAACACCUUGUACAGCGUUAUUGUCACUACCACGAGGGAGUAUUGCGCAGUUGGUGUCACUUGAAUUGUGACACCGCAAACACUGUGGAAAGCUCUUUCUAAGAGAGACAAGGUGUUGAGAUAAAAAUUAAGUGACCUAGAUUUAAAGCAAUUUGUUGAGGAACGGCCAAAGAACUUCGUCUACGGAAUGUCCUCUUUAAGAGAGACGUACAAUUCUUUUUAGAAUUAUAAUUCUUACUCAGGUUGAUUUCUGUGUCAUCUUUCAUUUCAGAUGGACGUGUAUGUCUUUCUCUUCACCGAUCUUCUUCUUAUCACUAAAGCAAAGAAAGGAGGUGACAGGUUUAAAGUUAUCAAACCGGUAAGUUUGAAUAUGUGCCAGAAUUAUCUAAUCCCUAGUUCUUGACUUUGGACGUAUUAUCUGCAGCUUGAUCAAGCAAUGACUUCACGCAAUACAACUGCCUUAAAGUUAAUGGCGGGAGAGGAGUAUGUAUUUUAUAGUUUUUGAGGACUGAUGAUCUCCUGGUGACUUGUGCGUUUAUUAAUGCUGUUUAUGUUUUUGUAGCCUCUGCAAGUCGACAAGCUUUCUCUAAGUGCUUCAAAAGAUCAAGGUAUUUCAAUGUUUGAAUUUAUAGUUUUGACCGUUGAUUUGAUGAAACAUUUGAAAGCGUUUUGUCGCAUUGGCCGAAAUAGAAGUGGAGAUUUGCGAUCUCUUUUUCGACGAUUUUUCUCUUUUUUUUUACCCAUGAAGGUUAUCAAGUUUCGAAAAUUUUUACCCUUCAAUGAAAUUUUUGAAAUUUUCAUGUCCUCCUUAUCCAAACGCAUUUUUUUUCGUUCUUGGGUCUUUUUUGUCUCACAGUACACCUAGAUAUUGUUAGUCAGAGUAUGAUAAUGAAACAGGUACAAAGAAGCUGCAAGCAUCGCCACCACUCCCUUCCCCGUCCCCGUCCCCCCCCCCCCAUCCUCCAUGUAAGGGAAUCCAAGACAGUCUUGGAUUCUGGAUUCCGCGCCGUGGAUUUCGGAUUCAAAGUACUGGAUUCCGGAUUCUUUGUCAGUGGGAUUCCGGAUUCCUUGAGCUGUAUUCCGGAUUCCAAAGCCCAGGAUUCUGGAUUCCUCAAGCAAAAAUUUCCUGGAUUCGGGAGUCAGGAAUUCCGUACAUGGGGCGAAAAAGCAGCUGUAACGAAAUUGAUCAACUGUACUUUCUUUUCUCCCAUUCAGGAACCUUCCUUCUUAUUUACGUGAACGAAUACAACAUUGCAGUGCAAGCAUUUGCCCUCCAAGGAACAGUGUCAGACCCGUCACAGUGGAUGGAAGCCAUCAAAAAGGCCCAGGUAUGAAGUACUCUAUCCCUUUAAGUCCCAAUAGUGACCAAAAUCAAUAUCAAUACGUAAUCAAGAGAACAGGUUAUGAGAAUUAAUAAAAUGGUAACCAAGGGAAAAAUGCUUUGAUCGUGUAGCAAAUUCUCUUAACUAAUCCUUUAGCGAAAUGUAUACAGAUGAGUUUUGAGAAUUUGUAUCUGUACCCUUUCAGGGAUGUAUCAUUAUGAAAAUGAUAUCGAAAAUAGGGAUCAGUCUAGGUUUCUGGGAAACUGCCCACCUACCCCUCUCCUAAGGCAACAUUUUGCUCUAAGUGAGAAGUUAGUGUUAAUGUUGCAUUGCUUAAGGGAGGGGUGGGUGGGCAGUUUCUCAGAAACCUAAAUUGAACCGAAAAUAGGAUAUGAAAGGCGAAGAGUGGGACCUUGUUCCAGAGCCUCCUUCCCCCCCCCCCCCGAAACUCCAUCAUUGACUCUGGGAGUGAAACUGUGAAGUAGUUUGCUUAAAUUACAGUACUAACCAUCUUUUCUUUUUGUUUCAGAAACUCUUCAUGGUUGCCAAACUCGGCCAGGGGUCUACCAACAUGCUGCAGAUGCAGACCAGUAGUGACAAUGAUCUUGUGAGUCCAUCUGGUCUUGUCACACCUGGGCUCAGUUCUUCGCCCGCAUUUCCACAUGCCGAGCACCGCAGAUCGUCAGCAUCAUCGAUAAUGUCCCUUGAAUCCGACUCUGAUGAUGAGUCUAGUGUGGCCCUUCCUACUCGCCUUCGUUCUGAUUCUGCGUUAACUUCGAUGACCACGAUUAGCGGUACAUCUUUUGCUAUGGACGCGAGAGCUCAAGAUGGAGCUGGCGAAGAGAAAGAUGAACGCGUUGCACCGCAGCUUGAAACUGAACUCAUGGCGCCAGAGGAAGAACUGGCCGCUGAAGUUGGAGCUAUUGCCCUGCCAAGAUCAGAGUCGCUCAGCAAGAUCUCGCGAUCUUCAUCUGCACCGUCUAAGGAGAGACCACGAGUUGUCGAGUCUACUUCCCUGUCUCGCUCUUCAUCAGCACCUCAAGGGCCGACACCCGAGCGGGUGUUGAGUUUAAGAGAAGGUAUAAUUGUGAAAAGAAGAGAACUGGAAGAACACGAGGGAUCGGUAUCAUCAUCUUCUACUUCUUUAAAUGACUCUGCUGUUGAUUCGGACUUACCGUCUCCGUCUCCAUUCCAAUCAUCUUCCAUCGACUUCCCAUCUUUACCUCCGCCUGAACCUCAGGAAUUUGAAUUAACAGACGAACCUCAAUCUAACUCUGAACUUGAAUCUUCUACCGAACACGAUCUUCAUCAAUUUUCGUCAUCACCUGAUGAAACAAUUGUCUCUCCUACGCUUGAUAGCGAGGAACGAAUUUCUGAACCCGAUAACGAGCAAGAGGAAGGGGCUUCCUUUGAUACAUCUGAAGAUGAUUUAUCACUAACUGCUGACUCUGAAGGAAAUGCUUCCGUCUCACAGUUAGGAGAAACAUCAGGAUCUGAAGUUUUACAAAACCUGUCUGACUCCCCUGAAUCAUCCGCAAAACCGACUCCACAUAUCAAAUCUCAACUACUAGCACAAGACAAAAUCCAGUCCGCUAUUACUCCGGCCGAAGCGCAAAGAAAAAAGGUAUCUUUGCCCCGAAGAUCUUCGCCAGUUGUUUCUCGGAAGCAGCGACCUGAGACUUUUUCAAAAGGUCAAGGUAAAAGUGAUUCGGAUAUAAAUGGUAUUUUACGUAAAAUUCGGGACGCACAAGCAGCCGCACCAAAUGCUCCGUACAGUGAAUCGUCACCUUCAAAUAGUCUAGAGCGCGCGGGGAAAGCGGGGAAAAUCGGUAAACGGUCCUCAGAGAGUGCAAGGUGUCCGGUGAAGCCAGAUAAAUCUCACUAUCCUAUGAGUGCGAGUUUGGACUUGGCAGACUCGUACGCUAAAUCGGACAGUCGCAAAGACAAGGGCUAUGCCCCACCUCCCGGAUCGUUGUCAGUGUCUAGAAAAAAGAGCAUGUCUCUUUCAGAUCUCUUGAACAUUGGGAAAGAUUUAACUAGUAGUAGAUGGAAAGAUAAAGAGAGUGACAAGGACAAAAAUCAACCCAAAAUUUUGGAGCCUCUUAGUCCGCUGAGCCCGUCAACUGACGAAGAAACUGUUUCUCAUACGGAAGGAAAGAAAGAGGAGAAGAAGUCACGAUUUAGUCGACUUAGAAGAAAAUCAAGUCGAGCGGAACUUAAGGAUGGGAUUGCAUCUGGUCCUAAUAUUGAUCCCAAAAGAGCUUCAAGACACUUCUUCAAGGAGUCGCUAAUGUUGGAAUCCUCGUAA